AAAAUAUCGCAACAUCUCAAGAAUUUAAUAAAUUAUCUGAUUUGACAGAAAUGGUAGCUCUCACAAAUCAGGAAAAGUAUUUAAAAGAAAAAAGAAAACAAUUAUUAGAGAUAGUACAUUAUUGUGAGUGUAAAUUUAAAUGUAGACAACAAAUAGCAUACCAAAUUUUUGCAUGGCUCAGAGAUCCUGAUAUUCCAGAGUGUCAUAAUUGUGAUAAUUGUUGUCAACAUCCUAAGUUAUUACGAAUCUCAAGAGAUGAUAUUGCCGAUUGUUUUAUGGGUUCAAAAGAAAAAAAUGCUAUUAGUAAAGAUCUAAGUUCUGUAGAAGGUUAUGGAAUCUUCUCUGAAAGUUCAAUUUUUAAUGAAGAUUGCUUAUAUUUGAUCGAUUCGUUGAUUUUAUUAGAAAUUAUUACUGAAAAAGUUGAAAUUAAGUACUCCAAAGAAAUAACUUCAUUAUCAUAUUCAUCUAGUUUGGUGGGUUUAAAAGAAAAUGCAUUAGAUUUUGUAACUAUUUUAGAUUGGAAAUUAUUAAUAAAGGCUAGUAAAAAGC